GGUUGCACGCUAACAGAAAAACAUGGUGCAAACAAGUGCAGCAUAUGGUCUGCAAUAAACAUUGUGGAGCAGGUUCCCUUUCCAAUCACAAAGGGUCGGAUCAACUUGUCCAAUAGCUGCCUCUCAUUUUUCGAGCGCACUAUCUGAAAUUCCGACUCUUCCAUCAAAAUGCGUUUCACCUUAUGGGUCGUAGGCUUGUUUUGCCUUGUUGGUUUGGUGUCGGCGAGAUCUGCAGACUCUAACGAAGAAAAUCGGCAGCCAAGCAUCUCUAUCGUCGGUGGAACUCCAGCUCUUCUUGGCGAAUUUCCAGCAUUGGGUGCUAUGCGCACUAGCAGUGGUGCCCUUCGUUGUGGUGGAACUUUAAUUACACCUUCCCACGUCUUGACGGCUGCACAUUGUCUGUCAGGACUGAGUGCGACUGCCAUUAGCUCGUUAAGAAUGAUGUUCAACUCGUUGACGGUGAGCGGCGACACCGGCUCUAUCGCUAGAAACGUGACGAGUGCAAUCAUCCAUCCAAGUUACACCAGCACUAUCGAUGGAUUCGACGUUGCCGUAAUGCUGUUAAAUUCACCUAUCACAACCAUCGAACUCACUAAACUUCCAACGGAUUCAGCUAUUGCGACCACAAUAGCGCCACCGACGACCACAAGACCACCGACAACAAGGCGGACCACAGCAAUGCGGACCACAUCAAGGCGGACCACAUCAAGGCGGACCACAUCAAGGCGGACCACAUUAAGGCGGACCACAUCAAGGCGAACCACAUCAAGGCGGACCACAGCAAGACGGACCACAAAAGCACCAUGUUCGUGUACCUGUCCACCAGCAACGGUGAGACAAAAGGUUCAGCCUAAAACCCAAGCCGUUGAUUCGAGAGCUUUUAGUACGUACGAGAAUGAGCCGGCCGUCAUUGCUGGAUGGGGGACAACGUCUUCCGGGGGCAGCAUUUCUUCCAUUUUAUUGAAGGCCAACGUCACGGUUUUAGCCAAUUCAGUUGUCGCUACUCAAUAUGGUAGUUCCUUCCUCCCCCUGGCGAUGCUGGGUGCCGCCGCCCCGGGUAAAGACACCUGUCAGGGUGACAGCGGUGGCCCUCUCUACGUUGACGGUGUUCAAGUUGGCAUUACCAGCUGGGGCUACGGAUGUGCUGAUCCUGAAUAUGCUGGAAUCUAUACGCGAGUCACAACUUAUGUUAACUGGAUCACUGAAACGGUGGCCAGCAACCCGGCGUAGGUAGGUAUCGCUAUCCAGUGGACAAUCAAACUAAAACGACUCGGAUCUCGGAACUACAUCUAACUUGACUUUAACGUUUGUCACGUAACAUUACCUGGUUUUCGUGUAUCUAUCAUCACCGUUGAUUUUUCUUCAAGUUUUGUUUUCUGUGUGUUUGAAUUGAAUGGGACGAACUAAAAUUUAUUAUUCAGCAGCAAUAUCGUGCACGAGUUUACUGUAAACAAUGAUCAGAUGUUUCGCGUUUCGCAGCGUCUAAUCACAUCAGCAAACAUACAUCUGGAUUUAAUGUCUCAAAAUAAAUAGUUUUUUCUUUA